AUGAUAUAUAUAUUGGAAAAAAAAUCAAAUUCGCUAAUAAAAAUGGCACAUUCAAAUUCGAUGAUUAUAUUUGCUUCAAUAUUAUUCAUAUUAUUAUCCGGUGAUGGAUUAUUACGACCACUAGAUAAUACAAUAUUUGUUCAUGCAUAUUAUUGCGAUAAUGAUUAUUGUAAUUCCGAACAGUUCUGUUGUGGUGAAAAUAUUUGCUGUGAUUAUGUUAAUAAUACAAUCUGGCAUUUCAUCUGUUAUCUCAUAUCGUUCAUUGUAUUUGCAUUCAUUUUAUGGGGCAUAUUUCAAUUAAUAAUGGGAAUCAUUUCCAAUAUGAAAUAUCCUAAGGAACGAACAAAAACUAACAACAACAACAACAACGACAACAACAACAAAGAUGAUGAUGAUGAUGAAAAUCGAAAAUUUACGCUCAUUUAG